AUGUUAAAAUUGUGUUUUGUCAUUGCGAUCAUUGCGGCUUGCAAAAUUAGUUUUGUUUGAUUUCAAAGCACUACGACGUUAUUGAAGUAAAUUUGUAAAAAUGCAAUUGGAACAAUUUAGAGAUAUACCAAAAUCUGGUUUCAACUUCGAUAACUGCAAAAGGAAUGCUGAACUCAUUAUAGGCGGAUUUCAGCCUCCCAAAACAGUGAAAACUGGCACAACAAUCGUCGGCAUAAUCUUUAAAGAUGGUGUAAUUUUGGGUGCAGAUACACGUGCCACUGAGGGCCCAAUUGUAUCGGACAAGAAUUGCUCCAAGAUUCAUUACUUGGCUAAAAACAUGUACUGUUGUGGCGCUGGAACUGCGGCUGAUACUGAAAUGACAACAGAUAUGAUAGCUUCUCAAUUAGAGUUGCAUCGUCUUAAUACCGGAAGACAAGUUCCGGUUGUAGCGGCUAACACUCUUCUAAAGCAAAUGUUGUUCCGCUAUCAAGGUCAUAUUAGUGCGGCUUUGGUUUUGGGUGGUGUGGAUAAAACCGGACCCUAUAUUUACUCCAUACAUCCACACGGCUCUACUGAUAAACUACCAUAUGCUACUAUGGGUUCUGGUAGUUUAGCCGCCAUGUCAGUGUUUGAAGCCCGUUGGAAACCCGACAUGAGCGAAGAAGAGGGUAAGAAACUUGUUCGCGAUGCCAUAGCAGCAGGCGUUUUCAAUGAUUUAGGAUCUGGAUCCAACAUUGAUUUAUGUGUAAUUCGCAAAGACUCCACUGACUAUUUGCGCAACUAUGAAUUGGCCAACAAGAAAGGGGAGAGACAGCUUAACUACACUUAUAAACCAGGAACCACUGCUGUCCUGGAUACUAAAAUAAAACAAUUUGAAAUUACAGAAGAAGUACAUAUGAUACCAAUGGAAACGGCAUAAUUUAACAAAUAUUCAAAAAUGAUUUAGUCUCUAAUGUUUCAGAAAUUCAAAAAUAAUUUACUUUGAUAAUAAAAAUUAUAUUU